AAUUCGUAAAGGAAUUGACUAAAAUGUCAGCCUCGACAGCUAAAAGUGGCUCUCGUACCAUUUCUACCAAAAUGGCAUUACAAAUUUAUCAUUGCUUUCUACUAACUUGAUUGAUUAUGCUAAGACUUAUUUGCACAAACCUGUGCAGCAAAAAUGUCUACCUGAAAGUGCUGAGGUAUGACAUCAGAAACUUUAGCUCAUCAGAGCAUCCUUCAAAGAUUGGGGCACUCAACCACGUAGCCGUUGCAGUGAACAACUUACAAAAGGCAGUAGAUUAUUACAGAGAAGCACUCGGCGCCACUGUAAGUGAGCCACAAAAAUUACCCGAGCACGGAGUAACAGUUGUAUUCGUACGGCUUGGCAAUACAAAUAUCGAACUUUUAGAACCACUGGGAAGCUCUAGUCCUAUUUCUAAAUUCUUAGAAACCAACAAAUCAGGUGGCCUUCAUCAUAUUUGUUUGGAAGUCGAAAACAUAAAUAGUGCCAUGCAACGCGCGAAGAGUUAUGGCAUACGAUGCUUGACUGAAGAACCUAGAAUUGGUGCUCACGGCAAACCAGUUGUUUUUUUGCAUCCUAAAGAUUGUAAUGGAGUUUUGACAGAGUUGGAACAAAAGUAAUGAGAAAACCUAGAAGGAACCAAAUAUUUGUCUAAAAUACUUUCAUAUGAAUAUUUUUUUGACAAUCA